AUGGCGGACACAGAUCCUGUUAGCAAGCAUCCACCAGCACCUUUUGUCGAGGACGGUGCAGACUCAUAUGAUGAAAGGGGUGACUCCAGUGCGUCCAAACCGGCUUCCAACUCCGCGUCCAAGAGGAGCCGCAAGACUUCGAACACGAGACCGAGCUCACCAAGCAAAACACGGCCAGCCGGUGAUGCUGGACAACCCGAAGCUCCUUCUCCUCCCGAGGUAAAAAAUGUCCCUUCGCGACAGCCCGAGGACCUUGCGACUCGAGCUGGAGCCAAGGAUGAGGUGAGCUCUGAACCAGGAGCCAGAAAGUCGCACCAAUCAAGGAGAUCUAGUCAAGCUCCUCCUCCACGUAGUCCCCGGAAGAUUCCAAAGGAGCAUAGGCCGCGAAGCCCAGAGAGACAGCCUCGCGAGAGUCGUCCUCCUCAAGGACCUUGUCCUUGUAGGGACUGUAUGAUUGCAUCCCAACAUGGUUCGAGACCAGGACCCAACCCCCUCCAACAGGACCAUCGUGCCCACACAUUUCCCACAAGGCCUUCUCAUGGUCCACCAUUGGUCAUCCGCCAAGGUCCUCCACCGCCGGGCGUCAUACCGCCAGGACAUAUGCCACCGCUGGGGAUGAGGCCGAUGUUCGCGACUGGUGGUCAUCCAACAGGAGGACGUCCUCCGCAGAUGAUACCAAUUGUCGAUCCAAGAUUUUCCACAAUGCCACCUCCACCUCAUCCCAGCAUGUAUGCUCCCUCCAGCGUCUCCAUGCCACCAUCUCUACCUAGCGUUGGAGGGCCUGCCUCAUCCACAAGACUACCAACCAGACCAGCGGUUCAUCAUCCGGAAAGAGCAAAGACGUCGAGCUCAGUACCAAAGUUCUCUUCCAAAAUAUCGACAUACGAUACAGUCGAUGCCUCCUCAUCUCCUUUCUCGCCAGACGAUGAUGAACAUUUCUCGGCUCGGACUUUACCUACCGAGCCGCGACACGUACCAGGAGGUUUUGACUCAGACUCUUACUCCUCCGAAUCAUUACCGGACAGUCCUCAUUACUUUGAGCAACCAAGGAGACCACAAACUUUCCAGCGUAACACCGCGUCGGCGGUUCAGCAAAUACAUCGGAGUGGCCAUACGAGAUCGAGGUCGGACUACCCAGCAGAAUCAGCAUAUGGCUAUCGUCGCACUGAUUCAUUCAAACCUGCUGAAUAUCGGUACCCCCGUACUGAAUACCCAGAGUACGACGACCGGCGAUCAUACCCAGGCGGCAGAAGGGGCUCCAACACAACAACCUGGACCCAGCAUACCUCAGCCUCCGACCCUCAACGGCCCAGCUUCGUUCAUUACGACCAUCACGGAGACCACGACGGCCACAUCUACGCGGCCAACGACUAUAUGGACCGAGCCCGCGGCCACCCCGAAGAAAGAGUCACUGCAGAGACGCUCCGCCAGCUGCCCAGCGGACCUCACAGCACGCGAAGCAAUCACAGCCACCGUCGUAGCCAACACAGCAUGAGCGAAACCUCAUCACGGCACCGCGGCGCAGAAGGAAGCGUCAAACUCAUCAUGCCCAUCGCUGCAGCAGAAGAUACCAGGAUCCAGCUCAGUGGCGACAUGGGAGAUCGUGAAGUUAUGUUCAGAGCAGUUGAUGAACCUGGUAUGGUGGAGGUGACAAUCGCCACGGUUGCGGGACGAGAGGGGAGGUAUUUGAAGAGUGCAAGUCAGACUUCUCGGGCGCAUACGAGGUCAUCGGGGAGUACGAGGCAUGCUGCUCGUGGUGGAGCUGAGGGGCAAGAGCAAGGUCGGGAAUAUAAGGAGCAUCGGGAGCACCGCGAACAUCGAGAACAUCGCGAGCAUAGGCACUUGAGUCGUGCGCCAUCGUCCAGGAAGUCGUGA